UGUACGCCUUCGAUGUGGCCCACCUUCCCCACGCCAAUACUACCGGAAAAUUUCUCUUCAUUUGAAUCGAAGUGAUGAGUUCUACCAGGGGUGUUCCGUUUUCCAAAUUUAAGGAAUCGGUUCCGGUUCCGGUUCCGGUUCCUGGAACCGGAACCGACCUUGGAACAGUAACCCUAAAAAAAUUAUCAAACAAAAACAGUCAAAACGCAAAUUGAAAAACCGCCUUUUUUUCUCUCACUCGAAAACAAGAACGCAAGACCUACUUUUUUUUUUUCUCUCCCUCCGACUCUCGUAUUCAUUCAAUACUAGGGCUUCACUGCUCUCAAUCCGAGUAUUCACCAAUCGAAUCGAUCGAUUUGUUGAAGAUUUUUGCCGGCUUUUGACUUGAUUCGGGGCUUCUCUGCUCUCAAUCCCAGCAUUCACUGAUCGAAUCCAUCGAUUUGUUGGAGAUUUUCGCAGGCUUUGAUUUGAUUUGGGGAACAAUGUCAUCAAGUAAAGAUAUCGAAAUGCCUAGUAUUCCUGGAGAGGCUACAUCAAAUUCAAAGGUAUCUUCUAUGCAAUCUAUCAAUGAUUCAAUAUGGCAACAUUUUAGAAGAGUUGAUGAUGAGACAACCACUUGGAGAUUUAAUCAGGUGUACUCUAGGUUCAUGCUUGCUCAAAUGAUAAUUGUUGAUGAACAACCUUUUUCAAUGGUAGAAGAGCCAAGUUUUAGAAAUUUUGUUGAUUCAUUGCAACCUUUAUGGACUCAUAUAUCACGUUUUACAGCGGCUAGUGAUUGUAUGAAGAUUUUCAACUGUGAGAAGGUAUUGUUAAAAAAUAAAUUGUUUUCUUUGAAGUCUAGGAUUGCUCUGACAACUAAUAUAUGGACUUCCAUUCAAAACCAUAACUAUUUAUGUCUCAUUGGUCACUUUAUAGAUGAUAACUGGGUUUUACAGAAAAGAAUUCUAAGUUUUGUGACCAUUAGUAGUCACAAGGAUAAAGAGAUAGGGAAAGUGGUAGAGAAGUGCAUUCUUGAAUGGGGUAUUGAAAAACAUGUGUCCACUAUAACGGUGGAUAAUGCUGAUGCUAAUGAUGUGGCAAUCCUUUACUUGAGGGACAGAUUAGUGGAUAAGAAUACCUUAAUUAUGAAUUGUGAAUAUUUUCAUGUGAGAUGUAUUGCUCAUAUUUUGAAUUUGAUUGUGAGGGAUGGUCUUAGUGAGGUAAAAGAUUGUAUUAGCCGGAUUCGUAAUUCGGUUAAGUACGUGAGGAGUUCUCCCACUAGAGCCCAAGCAUUUGAAAAAUGUGUGAAAGAAGAAAGGAUAGCUUAUAAAGGUGUUGUGUGUCUUGAUGUUGCUACUAGGUGGAAUUCCACUUAUCUCAUGUUAGAUGUUGCAAUAAAAUUAAAAAAAGCUUUUCAAAGGUUGGAAGAUGAGGACCCAAACUAUAGUAUUGAUUUGUCACAUGAAACACCUUCAGUUGAGGAUUGGGAAAAAGCAACUGUGUUUGCCAAAUUCUUAAGAGUAUUUUAUGAAGUUACAAAAAGGAUGUCGAUGUCGAAACAUGUGACUUGUAAUAAUUAUUUUCAAGAGAUAGUUCGCAUUGUCUAUUAUUUGAAUGAAUGGGAGAAAGACUCUAAUUCUAGUCUUCAAGGCAUGUCUAAGAAAAUGAGAGAGAAGUUUCAUAAGUAUUAUGGGAGUUUUGACAAAGUCAAUGUGAUGGUGUUGAUUGCCACGGUAUUAGAUCCUCGGUGUAAGAUGAAAUAUGUGGAGUGGUGCUAUAAAAAGAUUUAUGCCAAUGACUUGCAAAAAGUUGGGAUGAUGUCUGGAAUCUUGAGAGAGGUGUUACAACGAUUUUAUGAAUUUUAUGAGAAACUUGUAUCAAGUUUAGAAGAAAGUCAAGCUUCCAGUUCCUUUCAACCAACGGGAAUUGAUCAGUCUUUAGCUGUUGAUGUUGGUAAUGAUGAUGAUAGUGGCUUCGACUAUGACCAAGAAUUUUUGGAGGAGAUGAGAGAAAAUAUACAAGAUGAAAACAAAACCGAGUUAGAACGGUACCUUGAGGAGAAAUCUAAACCUAUUAAGAGUGAUUUGAAUGUCUUGGAUUGGUGGAAACUAAACACAUCACACUAUAAGGUUCUCUCACAUAUGGCAAAAGAUGUCUUUGCAAUUCCGAUGUCUACAGUUACUGAUGAGUCAAUUUUUAGUACAUCGGGUCGUGUACUUAAUGAAUUUCAGAGUUCUUUAACUCCACGUGUUGUGGAAGCAUUAAUUUGUACACAAGAUUGGUUAAAUUGUGUACCUACACCAACUCCUUUUGAAGAUUACUUGAAGGAUGCAGAAGCUUAUGAUUCAGAAUUGAAUGCAUUUGAGGAAUGAAUAUCCAUUGCGAAUUUAGAGCGUGAAGCAUGAGAUGUUACAUUGUUUUGUUAUUUAAAAUGUUAUGUAAUUUUGGGAAUAGUAUUUGGAAGUUUAUGUAGGCGUCGUCGUUUUUAACGUUGUUGUGGAAAUUCAGAUAUUUGAACACUAUAAUCCAAUCCUUUCACUUUCA